CUUUGCCAGCUCUCCUUAGAGGUGCUACAAAUGUAUGAUGAUCCCAUGCUGAACGAUCGACGGAUCUACGUGCCCGAGAUGGUAGCUUAAAUUCAGCACCAUCCCUUUUCCUCUCCGGACACACCAAGAACUCCAAAAUUCCAUGACAUUCGCAUUCCCGCCCCGAAGCUUCCUCGCAGUCAAGAGCAUUUCGCAUCCAAAUUGGCGGCAAUUCUACAACCCGAAAAAAUCCAGCCUUCACAAUCGUGCUGCGAAGAGUCCAGUAUUUAUCUCAGCCACCCAACGAUACCAUCAAACGAAUACGGGGCGUCGCUCAGUGAGCAACAUGGGGUCUGUUGGCACAGCAGGAGCCCCGGCCGAAGUCAAGCUCCCUACCAUCAAGCUGGACACCACCCUCACCGAGCUCUACCGGCAAGCAAGUCCCAAGAACGCCAACAUCCGACUCGGCUGGGUGUCUUGCGGCAUCACCAGCGGCGUCGACUUCACCCCAGACUUCCCACGCAAUGUCAAGUUCGUUUACGAAGACCAGACCUUCGUUUCGACGCCCAGCCGUAAGCUGAGCCAUGGUAACGGCAGGCUCCAACAUGCCCUCGCAAAGAAGCACCUUAGCCUCAUACCCCAGCGCGAUGCCUUCAUAUCCGGUGCCACGCCAGUGAUCUUCUUCAACCUGGGACGGAGCCCAAAACAGGUCGAACACGACCGGCGCGAAGCCGAGGCGACCAUCUCGGUGCUCGACCCCUCGCAGCGGCCCGAGCUGGUGUUCUGCCCAGGCCCGUCCAAGAUCCCCAUGAAGGAGCACGGCAUCGACAAGCUUGAGUACAAAGUCGUCUUUGACGGGCUCGAGGCGUAUCCGCUCACCCACGACCUCGAAACCCACUGGCUGCUCAACAGCAAAGCCGGCCUCGCCCGCUCCGGCCUACCCACGCCACAGUCCCAAAUCAUUGAGACCGAGGGCUACCCUCCCGCCGUCGACUCAUGCUGCAGCGUCUGCCGCGACGCCGCCACCGACGCCUCCCGUCUCCCCUCCAUCCCCCCGACCUGCACAGGCCCCCGCGGCGAGUGGCUCUCGCGCGAAACGAACCGUAUCCUCUCGGCCGUCCGCGCCCGCCCGGUCCCCUUCGUCUUCAAGACCCAACAAGCCUUUGGCGGCGCCGGCACCUGGCUGAUCACCUCGGACGACAAAAAAGCCCAACUCCUCGCCGACCUCUCGGGACUCGGAUCCCCCACCAUCCAAAACAACGAGAGCAGCAGCAGCAGCAGCACUGGCGAAGGCCAAGGCGAAGGCCUCCUCCGCAAACUCCUCCCCCUGCUCACGCCGUCCAACGCCCAUCUCCACCCGACCACCGUCCUGCUGACGGACCUCGUCCAGGACCUCUCGGGCGAUUAUGGUUUGACGUUUUUCGUGACCGCGUCCGGCGCGCCGCUGUUCCUCGCCGCCGCCGAGCAGAUGAUCACCGACGAUGGGAGUUCGGCCUGGAUCGGGAGCCGGAUCGACUACGGUCGGCAGGAGGCGCUGCGGGAAAAGUUUCAGGGUCUGAUGGAGCGGAUUGCUGAGUGGGUUGCUUCGCACGGCUAUGUCGGGCCUGUUGGCGCGGAUGUUUUGUGUACGUCUACGGCUACGGGAGAGGAAGGGAAGGAUGGUGGUGAUGGUGGGUGUCAUAUUGUUGACUUGAACGUCCGGACGUCCGGGUCGGUUUCGUUGCCGUUGCUGAGGGGGCAUUUCACGGGGAGGGGACUGCAGUGCGCGAGUAGCUUCUCGAUUAAGGUGAAGGGCGGGAGGAGGGAGUUUAUUGACAAGUGGAGGGGGCCGUUUGAGGAUGGGAGGAUGCUGAUCCUGAGCUGGUAUGAGGAUCCUGAGGAAGGGGGGAGCAUUGCAGAUGUGGUGGUGGGUGCGGAGGAUGAGGAGAGGCUGGCGGAGCUGAUGAAGGAGGUGAGGGAGAAUACUGAGGAGGUGACGUUUUGAUAAGGGGGUAAAUACAUGAUGAAGUCCGGGGACGCGGACAUCAUAAGUGGUUUAUGAAGGGAUACUAC